GGAUUUCCCUUCACUCACUGUUUCACAUUUGAACACAUUAGUCAGACUUCCUCAAUGUUAUUGGGUUGAUGUUGCUGCUGCUGUUGUUGUUGGUAACAACACUUUGCACUCACGUCAGUACAUCUCUAACAGUUGGUCGGUCGGUCACAUUUGUUUAUAGCUGGAGAGACUUUUGUUGUUGAUUUUUUUUGUUUGUUUCUGUUUUGCUCUUUAACCACAAACACUGACUGUUUCUGAACUCCCCUCAUUCGUCUCUCUUCUUCGCUCUCUCUCUUGUCGUAUAUCUGCUAUAGGGGGGUUAGAUAAAAUUGUGUCGUGGCUUUCUCUAACGUUCCUCACUGUGUGUAAUUUAGAGUUUUCGUUUUCAUAUCUAACUAAACAUUCUUGGCGUUAAGACCGACGACCAACCAAUAAACAAAUUUUAAGCAUAUUGUGAUUGUAAUUCUUCCAAAGAAACAAAUGUUUUAUAAAUAAACACGACGUAGUUUUAAUAUUGACGAAAUCCGACGUAAUGCCUGUUCCUUGUAAAUGACAAAGUGUAGCAAACUAAAGGAAUAUGUCCGCAAAUGUAAAUAUAAAAGUAAAUUCGGUAAUAACUGGAAAUGGAGAAAAUCCCCAUGGCUAUGAAUCACAAAGAGCUGGUGCGAACAACAGAGCUCCAAGUGACGAGGAACAGGAAGAUUUACAUGUCUACAGUGGAAAUAUAAUGUUGCCUCAAACCGAUUCUGAAGAUGAUGAUGAUUUUGCAAUUAGCAAUGAUGCAGAUGCUCCCCUAAUCAGAGGGCCAGGUAGAGAUGAUUGUGAUUGUAUUAACACCCGCACCAUUUUCGGUUUAAUGGGCUUCUUUGGAUUUGCCGUUGUGUAUGCAAUGCGUGUGAAUUUGUCAGUGGCAAUUGUAGCUAUGGUUAAUCAAACAGCGAUUCCACAGGAAAACAAUAGUUCCAUUGUUCUGGAUGAUACCUGCCCCAUAGAGAUCAAGCCAAACAAGACCACACCUUCUACGGGUGGAGACUUUGCUUGGGAUGAAGCUACCCAAGGUCUGGUAUUGGGUUCAUUUUUCUAUGGUUAUGUUUUGACGCAGAUACCCGGUGGACGUAUGGCUGAAUUGAUUGGUGGCAAACUGAUUUAUGGAUAUGGUGUAUUGAUAACUGCCAUUUUUACUUUACUUACUCCAAUUGCUGCCUAUUGGGAUUUGCCCAUGCUUAUAUUGGUGCGCGUUCUGGAGGGCAUGGGUGAGGGUGUUACAUAUCCAGCAAUGCAUGUUAUGUUGGCCCAUUGGAUACCGCCCAAUGAACGUAAUAAAUUUGCAGCAGUGGUGUAUGCAGGUUCAAAUAUUGGCACUGUCAUAUCUAUGCCUCUGGCAGGAUGGCUUUGUUCCCUAGAAUUUGGAGGCGGCUGGCCAUUGGCCUUUUAUGUUUUUGGUAUACUUGGUAUUGUGUGGUUUGCAUUUUGGAUGUAUUUAGUCUAUGACAAGCCUUCAAUGCAUCCUCGCAUAAACCCAAACGAAAGGGAGUACAUAGAAAGAUGUACCGGGUUAAUGGAAAAGAUUUCAGAACCCAAAAUUCCUCGAGGCACUUUAAGUUGUAGUGAAGAUGAGAAUGAGGAUAACUACCAAAUAGAUAUGUCUUCCAAUGACAAUACCUCAACACCAAGCAUACCAUGGCGCUCAAUCAUGACUUCUGUACCGUUGUGGGCGAUUUUAAUUACCCAGUGUGGCCAAAGUUGGGCUUUUUACACCCAACUAACCGAAUUGCCCACCUACAUGAAUAACAUUUUGCACUUUGAAAUCCAAUCAAAUGCCGUGUUGAAUAGCAUACCAUACCUCACUUCAUGGCUGGCGGGCAUUGCCUGUUCAGCAGUGGCCGAUUGGAUGUUGGAACGACGUUAUAUCAGUACCUUGAGUUCAUAUAAAUUUUGGAAUUCCAUUGCCUCCAUUAUACCGUCAUUGGGUUUAAUUGGAGUUGGCUAUGUUGGUUGCAGUUGGCAAUGGGUAACAUUUAUGUUGGCUGGGGUGGGCGCUUUUGCUGGAGCCAUUUAUCCGGGCAAUCAAAUGAAUCACAUUUCCCUCAGUCCAUCGUAUGCUGGGACAAUGUAUGGCAUUACCAACUCAGCUGCCAAUAUAUGUGGUUUCUUGGCCCCCUAUGUCAUCGGACUGAUUAUUAAUCACAACAACACCAUGUUGCAGUGGCGUAAGGUAUUUUGGUUGGCAGGUGGCCUAAAUAUUGCUGGGAAUUUUAUUUAUCUAAUAUUUGCCAGUGCCGAUGAGCAAAGUUGGUCAAGACCCGGAAAUCAACAACGAGCCACAAGAGAAGUAAGAGGACGAGAAUUAAGAAUCAACAAUGAAAUUACAACGUAAUUUAAGUGCAAAGAGUAGCUAGUGGGUGCUCCAAGCCCUUUUUUUGAUUUCCUUAACAUAUAUUCCUAAUGUACCUAUUGUUAAACAAAAAAACAACAAUUUAAAUGUGUGAUACAAUUUACCUCUCGUAUUAACAGUGUUAAUAUGAAACGAAUUUGUUUUCAAAAUAAUAACAAAUAUUACUUUCUCCUACCAAUUAAAAAAAAAAAAACAGUUUUAAAUUUUAAAUUAAAAGAAAAACAGAAAAGAUAUGUUAAAAUAAGAAUACCACCUUUAAGAGGUACUAAAGUAUACAAAAUAUGUUAACCAAGGAAUUUAUUGAAACCAUGACAAAGAUAAAACCAUAAUGAUUUAUGAUUUUUUGUAAACAAGUAAUUUAUCAAAAACUGUUCGCAAAGUAUUAUAUAUGUUUUUAUAGCAAAUACUGUUGUUAAUUAUAAUCUCAAUACUUUAUGUACAGAAUAAAAUACAUUUUAUUUGUUUAACUUUAAUGCCCUUGAGACAUCUUGCCCUAAAGUGCUAAUUCGUUUGUGUUACCAGCCUGAAAAAAUUGACAAACAUUUAAAGACUCUACUUCAUUUACUCUAUUGAAUGAAAAUAACGAUCUUUUUUUUAUCGAAAUAUUUGUUUUAAAAAAAUAUAUAUGUCUUGUAAAAAGUAGAUAGUUCAAUAUUUUCCAACAAAAAAAGUUUGGAUUAAACUUUAUUCUAACGUAAAACAAUGCUCAAAUUAUUAGAAAGAAAGUUUUAUUUGUAAAAAUACCAACCAUAACGUAUAUUAUACUCUAAUAAAAGACAGAAAUACAGCCAAAA